AUGAUGAAGUGAUCUGGUUGUUAAAUGUAAGUUCAGUAGAUGCUGAGUCACUGACGCUGUUGUUUUUGCCGGCUCUAUAUUUCACCCUCAGUCGCUGAACUAUGACCCCGUCUAACAAUAAUCUGCAUGCAUUUUUCAUCAACCUGUGAGCUGCUAUCUGUUACAGCUGCACCGCUGUGGACUGAGCUCAGCAUCUCCACUUCUUCUUCUUCUGUUGAGAUGUUGUCAAGGUUUUUCAACUUUCAUUCAAGCUUCUCAUCCAGAUCUUCUGCUGUUGUCCUCUGACCUGAAGUCAUCUGAAGAAUGGACUUUUGUCUUUAAACACACAUUGAUCUCAUGGCUUCUGCUCAGGGUUUCUAUCAAAUCAGUCCAGCGAAGGACAACAGUGCAUCUCCUAAGAUCUUUCAACCAUGUCUUCAUACAUCCACUGGGAUUCCUCCACAUGCGCUCUCCACCUGCCCAAAACCAUUAAACACAGCGUCUGGUCUGAUGUCAGCUCCAGUCACACCUGGAGUUCCCUGUGACUGCUCAGAUGUAACUCCUCAACACCAAACACUUCCUCUUUAUAGAGGAGGAAUCUCUACACCCUUCUCUCUUCAUCUCACACACCCGAUGACAACUCUUACACCCUACACCCCUACAAACACACACAUGAUGACAUCUCCUGCUUGUCUUCAGCUCUUAAGAGUUUCUGAUUUACCUCUCUACACACUGUCAGUGAUCAUGCCUUAUCUUCCUCCAAACACUCUCAUUGACCCUAAAGCAUCUUUAAAGGAGAGUCAUCUAGAGGAAAGAGACGUCACUGUUGCUGCUUCUAAGAGCUCCUCUUCUGAUGUCUCUGGGUUCAGAUUCUGGCCAUCAUGUCCAUCACGGCUGGCGUUAAAAACAACCCUCAUAUCUGCUGUCAUCAUCCUCUUAAUCUGUACCGCUAUUAUAGUGAAAUUGGUGUGUUUCCCGAAUAAAGUACAAGACUUUCACACAGCUGCAGGUGAUACACAAAACUGCAGCAUCACACAGAUGCCCUUCGUCUCAGGGAAAUAUCCGGCAAAUCUCACAGUCAACAUCACCUCAGAUUGCUCAUCUGCAGUGAGAGAUGUUUCUCGUGAGAUGCGUAUCGUUGGUGGCACAGAUGCUGUAAGGGAUCAGUGGGGAUGGCAGACCAGUUUACAUUGGCAGGGUAGACACGUCUGUGGAGGAGCCAUCGUAAGUCCUCGCUGGGUCAUCACAGCGGCCCAUUGCUUUGAAGAAUAUAACAUGAUGGAUGAGUCUGAUUGGGUCGUUGUGGUUGAUACUGUGAGUCUAUCAGAUUCAUCUCAAGGGAAACGCUAUAACACCCUGCAGAUACAUCCACACCCCAAAUACUCAAAGGAUAACAAUGAUUACGACCUGUGCCUACUGCGCACACAGUCUGACAUACAGAUGGAAGAUGGAGUGAGACCGGUGUGUUUACCUCACGUGAGAGAUUCAUUUCCCUCCGGAUCGUCCUGCUGGGUCACAGGUUGGGGUUACACACGAGAAGGAGUGUUUUACUGUUCGACAGGUUCUUUGUCUUCACACCUGAGGCAGGCUUUGGUUCAGGUGAUUGGUGAUUCGUUGUGCUCACAGUCAUUUGUCUAUGGCUCUCUGCUCACUCCCAGAAUGCUUUGUGCAGGUGUUAUGGAGGGAGGAGUGGAUUCAUGUCAGGGUGACAGCGGAGGUCCUCUGGUGUGUAAAACUGAAGCAGGUGACUGGAGGUUAGCCGGUGUCGUGAGUUGGGGUGAAGGUUGCGGAAGACCCAACAAACCCGGUGUUUACAGUCGAGUCACUAAACUUCUGCAAUGGAUUGAUCUUUAUAUUAAUGAAGACAAUCAAGAGGAAUUCUCAUUGACUACUGCACAAGAUAAUGCAUUUUGAAGAACAAGAUCAUUCAGUGUUGUAUAAUGAUUUCAUGGAAAAACAGAUGAUAAAAACAAUCAUUCUAGUUUCAACAAGGUUACAUUUCAAUUGCUUUAUAUUGUGUAUCUCUUCUAUAUUGA